AUGGUGACAUCAAGGGCACAGUCAGUACCAGGCAGUGUCCCAGCCACCACUGUCCCCCAUGAACCCCCGGAUUCUGUGCACUGCCUUCUGCUCCUGGUACCAACCUCGUCUCCUGUGUUUCAUCCUACAGUGUCGCUGUUCGAGACCCCGACGGCUGGCAAGUUGUCACCUUGUCCAGGUAUCACAGCCUCAGAUGCUGUAUCCCCAGCCAAUGGUGCUGACUCCCUCGUGAGUGAUUUGACUGACAUUUCACAAAGGACGAAUGCUGUCCCAGAGAUGCCAGAGCAGGACAUGAUGUCUGGAUAUCAGGGGAGCAAUUCUCAUAGGAGGAGUGAUGCCCUCACUGUGACCCCCUGGCUGGCUCCCAUCAUCUGGGAGGGGACCUUCAACAUCGACCUCCUGAACGAGCAGUUCUGGCUACAGAACUUGACUGUCGGACUGACUGUGUUUGCCGUCAAGAAAUACAUGGUCUUCCUGAAGGCGUUCCUGGAGACGGCAGAGCAGCACUUCAUGGUGGGACACCACGUCACCUACUACAUCUUCACUGACCGGCCAGCCGAUGUGCCCCAUGUGCUGCUCAAGGAGGGCCGGCAGCUGGUGGUCCUCUCCGUGCGCAGCUAUGCACGCUGGCAGGACGUGUCCAUGCGCCGCAUGGAGAUGAUCAGCAAUGUCUCAGAGCGCUUCCGCCACGAGGUGGACUACCUGGUGUGUGCUGAUGUGGACAUGAAAUUCUGGGACCACGUGGGCGUGGAGAUACUCUCCCCUCUGUUUGGCACCCUGCACCCUGCCUUCUACACAGCCAACCGCAAGGCCUUCACCUACGAGAGGAGACGAAGGUCCCAGGCAUACAUCCCCUGGGAUGAGGGUGACUUUUACUACAUUGGGGCCUUCUUUGGGGGCUCAGUGGCUGAGGUGCAGCAGCUCACCAGUGCCUGUCACCAGGCCAUGAUGGUUGACAAGGCCAAAGGCAUCGAGGCUGUGUGGCAUGACGAGAGCCACCUGAACAAGUACCUUUUGCACCACAAGCCCACCAAGGUGCUGUCCCCUGAGUACCUGUGGGGUGACUGGCUGCUGGACUGGCACCCAGUCUUAAAGAAACUGAGGUUUGUGACUGUGCCCAAGAACCGCCAGAAAAUUCGGAAUCCAUGAGGAGCUUGGGGAGGACAAGGGUCUGGCAGUCUGUGCUCCUUCCCUGGGCCACCCUGUCCUAGAAGCAGUUUGGGAGAAAAGGGUGCAGUGACUCCACUUCAUCUCCCUGUGAAAAGACUGCUGAAACCGAGCUGCCCAGGCAGGCCCAGCCUCUGUCCCUACCCAGAGACUUGCACACAGACAAAUGCACAAUAACACACAGACAUGCACACACAGACAUACAGAGACAUAAACAGAUAUGCACACGGACACACAAAGCCCCAGUUGGUACCUCUGUGGCCACCACCUGAAGCUUCUGCCAAGUGUGGCCUGCACCCUAUGCCUGGGAUGAGGCCAGUCUCCAUCUUCCUGACAAAAGGUCUGCAAUUGAGCUAUGCCCUCUAUCAUGGGUAUUUUGGAUAUGUUUAAAAAGUCAUUGCUGGGGCUGGCACUGUGGCUCACUGGGUGCUGGUUCUAGUCCCAGCUGCUCCACUUCUGAACCAGCUCCCUGCUGAUGUACCUGGGAAAGCACUGGAAUACGGGCACAAGUGCUUAGGUCCCUGCCACCCACAUGGGAGACCUGAAUGAAGCUCUUGGCUCCUUGCUUUUGCCUGGCCCAGCCCUAGCCAUUGUGACCAUUUGGAAAAUGAACUAGCAGAUGGAAGAUUUUGCUCUCCCUCUCCCUCUGUAAUUCUUCCUUUCAAAUAAAUAAAUCUUUUAA